UAAAAAAAAAACUAUACUCCAAACGAAGGAUUAUUUAUAUUUAUAUAUGAACACCUUAUUACGCAUAUCAAAUCUUAAAAUGUUCCCACGACAAACCCUUUGAAUUAAAAAAAUUUUAUUCCCUCCAACCCGGCCGAUCAAAAAUCUGGUUUAUUUAUUUAGUUCGUCAAAUCGAAUGGUGAGACGAUUCUUCCUGAUCUCCGAUGCUGAAUCUAAGAUGGGGUCUCCCUGCAGCCACCGGCGACGGUGAAGUAUUAGAACGCGCGGCAAGCAACUGUCAUGGCGACCCACCCCUCACUCUUCGACCUUCUUAUGGGAUACGAUACGUUGGUGGAUUUGGGAGAUGCGUGAGGAUAGUUCCUGCCGCGAGAUUUGCUGUGAAGCGCGCAGCCGCAACUGCGGUGGUAGGGACGGUUCUCGAUUUCAGAGUUGCAGCCGGAGAUGCACCCUACGUAGACGAUGGAUCGAAAGAGUCCACCGACAGCAGCCAUGUGGGGUGCACCGCAACCUGAGGAAUGACGGUUGUGGCAAUUGUAGAAAGCAGUCGUGUGGAAUUUAUACAUAGAACAGCGCUGGUUUAAACCACUGGGUCAAUUCAAAUCAAAAAAAUAUAAUGUUGUGUAGUACUUUGACAAAACAGGCGCGGUGGAUCAACUGGUUUGUAACCUUGCCCAUUGUGGAGGAGGCACAAGUUUGAGCAUGCUCCAUGUUAAAAUGUAUGUAGAGUGUUUCUAAAUUUUUAAUGGGUUUUUUAAUAUAUAAAAUGUAUAAUAUAUGUAAUUUUUU